UUUACGCUAUCAGUGACCUUGUAAUUACAUAACGAAAACUAAAGUGAAAAAUGAACAGGAAGAAAAAACGGCAGUCUCACAAGGACUACUUUAUAACAACGAAUUAUUAUCCAAUUACUAACAUGUUAUACAAUCACGAUCAUUUGUAAUUUUGUCGAUGCAUUUUAUAUGAAGCAAGUAAACUUUGUCAGGCGUACAAGUUCCGUUCCGCGUGAGCCAUUUCCUUUGCCUUGUUAUCGGACCACGACUCACCACCAGCGAUGCCAGACGUACGAUAAUUAUCGUACAUGUACGAUAAUUUCGACACCGGUACGAUGUACGAUACAAUAUGUAUUAUCGUACGCCAAAGUACGAUAAUUUCCUUCCAACCUUCCUCCGAAGUGGAGUAAAAAGACUAGUCUCCAAUGUCUUAAAAUACUCUAAAAAUACAAAAUAAUGUCUAUGGUCGGGGAUUUCCUCUCAAAUCUAUCAAACCAACGAACGAACGAAUGACCAUGAUAGUUCAUUCAUUUAUUCUUAUUUCAUAAAUUCAAAGCUAAGUUCGCUAGCCGAGUGAAAGUGUAAACUAAGUUUAAAAUUGUUAAAAGGUUCAAAAUUAUUACUUGGAUUAUUGUAUUUUCAACUUUGGUUGGUAAAUAAAUAAGAUUUUACUAUGUCAAGUGAUACCGAUGACAACAGUGAGGUUUUGGGAUAUCAAACUCCAAAAAAAAAGAAGAUAGAUAAUUCAAAGCAUCGUCUUCAAAAAUAUAGAAGAGAUUGGGAGAAAAACACUAAGGAUUUUGGACCUGACGUAUCACUGUGGUUAAAACCUCAUCCUAACGAUAAAGGAAAAGCUAAAUGUUCUUGUUGCGAUUUAACCUUAUCAGCAAAUAGUACAACGAUUAAACUGCAUUAUGCAUCCAAGCGGCACCAAAAAGUUAUGAAGAGUCGAGACGCUACUACCUCAAGCAUGAUGGCCAAAUUUGUUGAAAAGGGUUCAUCUGGAUCUGGAGUGUCACUACUGAAAAAACAAAUUACUGAAGCGGAGCUGAAGAUGAGUGCCUUUUUUGCUACGCACAACUUAGCAUUUAAAGUAAUGGAUCAUCUUGUUCCAACGUUAAAAUCCUGUUUUCCUGAUUCUACAAUAUGCCAAGGAAUGCAAAUGAAAAGAACUAAAUGCACACAAAUUGUGACUAACGUGAUAGGUGCUGCACACGAAGAAGAAAUAUGUGAGAAAUUGAAGAAGGUAAAAUUCUCUAUUCUGACAGAUGAGUCUACUGACAUGUCUUGCAAGACAUCAUGCAUUAUGGUCCGAUUUUACGACUCGACAGCGGGCCGUAUUGUAAGUAGGUUGUAUGACUUGCAUGAUGUGUUCCCAAAAGGAGAUGUGGCUGCUGCCGAGGAAGGUGCCACUGGUGCGCGGCUUUACGAGCUGAUGAUAAGCUCUUUAAAAGCAAAUGAUAUACCUUUGGAAAACUUAUUGGGCUUUGGUUGUGAUUCUGCAAGCAACAACGUUGGUGACUACAACUCCAUUAUAAGUCGUCUGCGACAAGAAUGUCCAGGUGUUAUCUUAAUGAAAUGUGUAUGUCAUUCUUUGCACCGGGCGUCCAGUGAUGCAUGCAAGACCCUGCCACGAUUAUGUGAAGAUUUGGCCCGAAACAUUUUUUCUUAUUUCAGGCAAAGUGCCAAGAGAAAGGCUCAGUUGCAGCAAUUUCAAGAGUUUACAUCCGUAAAGGAUCACCAGAUGCUUGGCUUGGCUAUCACACGCUGGCUCUCCUUUCUACCUGCGAUAGAACGAAUUUUGGAACAGUGGCAAGCUCUUCGGCUUUACUUUACUGAUGUCUGGCUUGCAGAGCGUACGCUUGCAGCUGAACAAAUUUUCAAUGCCCUUCAAGACCCAUUUAUGAAAUUGUACUACAGCUUUUUAGCUUGGGUGCUUCCGAAAGUCACUUAUAUGAAUGCAUUUUUUCAGUCAACAACAGUUGUAGUCACGACACUGCAUGACAAAAUGGCAACUGCAUACCGUGAACUUCUUUGCACGUACAUGUAUCAGGACUAUGUUGCAAGGACAAAUCUCACAGAAAUUCAACCUGACGAUACUAGCAGAUUCAUACGGCUAGAGUGCAUAUAUUUGGGAGUCGCUGUCAUGGAAGGUCUUAAUAAUCCUGAUGUGAUGGCAAGACCUGACCUUAUUACAAGCUUCAGAUCAAAAUGCCGAGACUAUCUGAUUCAUUUAUGCAAAGGAAUUAAAGAUCGUUUCCCAUUUGACGACAAAUUACUGAUGGCGCUGCCGGUUCUACAACCAGAAAAAGCUUUGUCGGCAAGACAACGAGAUAGAACUCCGUCACUCUUAUUUUUGUGUGAACUAUGUCCCAGAGCGAAACCAAGUUACCAUAAUGAAUUGCAGCAACUAGACGACGAGUGGCGACGUCUAUCGUUAGAUCAAGUUAGUCCAGAUGUAGCCCAGGAAAAAGAAGUUGACGUAUUUUGGCAUAAAAUUUCCCAAAUAGCUAUUGAUGGAGAGAAGACAUACACAGUUUUACCUCAAUUUGCUCUGGCCGUUUUGACACUUCCACAUUCAAAUGCAGACACCGAAAGACUAUUCAGCAAAAAUAAUUUGACGAAAACCAGAAUAAGAAACAAACUUGCAACAAAAACUGUCAAAGGGGCUUUACUUUCAGCGCAAUGCGUAAAAAACCAAUCAAAAGAAUGCUGUUAUGGUUUUAAACCAACUGAAAAAAUGAUAUCUCGAAUGACUUCAGCAGUCCUUUAUUCAAAAACGGCUGGCGCUGCUGCAGAGGUAGAAGUAAAUAGUGAUUCCGAUGAUCCCACUCUUUUAUAAAAUAAAUAAGUUUUUUUAAAUUUCUGUCUAAUUUCACAACUUCCUAAAAUUCCGUUCCGUUGUACGAUAAUUUUUCAUAUGGUACGAUAAUUUUCGAAUAUUGAUACGAUAAUUCACUCGCACUCGUCUGGCAACCCUGCUCACCACAUUCGUCCAGUCUGGUUCUCGAACGCGCAAAGGCUGAACGUGCGCGACAAUUGCCGCUAUCGCACUUUAAAAAAAAAACAAAUUACGCGCGGUUUCGUAUAAUUUAAAUCUGGAAUAAUAGAGAUUUUCUUACAUUUUGUUUUAAAUGUUGUUAACAUUAUUUUUAGAUUUGCGUUUUUAACCAUUUUUGUUUUAAAAGUA